ACAACUACUACACCAUUCUUCACAACUCUCACCUACAUACACCACUUAUCUUUCCAAAACCACAAUUUUUAGAGAGCCUAAAAAGCAGUACUAAACAAGUUAUAUAUAGAAAAGACGUACGUUGAUUUGGAUACUAGUCCACCAUAUUCAAAUGGGUAGCCUCGGUGAUUUGGAUUUUCCCAUAAACAAUGGUCUUUCCAACAUAGCAAGCAGUACAAAUCCGUUGGACCCCGAGGAGUUCCGGAGGCAAGGGCAUAUGGUAAUCGAUUUCAUCGCCGAUUACUACAAAAACAUUGAGAAGCACCCGGUUCUGAGCCAAGUUGAACCAGGUUAUCUCAAGAAACGGCUCCCAACAUCGGCACCAUACUAUCCGGAAUCCAUUGAGACGAUUCUGAGCGACGUCCAAGACCAUAUCGUUCCCGGCAUAACCCACUGGCAGAGCCCCAACUACUUUGCUUACUUCCCUUCAAGUGGCAGCACUGCUGGCUUCCUCGGCGAAAUGCUCGCCACUGGCUUCAAUGUCGUUGGAUUCAAUUGGAUGUCGUCUCCCGCUGCCACUGAGCUGGAGAGCAUAGUCAUGGACUGGCUCGGAGAGAUGCUAAGGCUCCCUAAGUCAUUUCUCUUCUCUGGAAAUGGCGGCGGUGUUCUACAAGGAACCACCUGCGAGGCCAUCUUGUGUACACUCGUCGCUGCCCGAGACCGAACCCUCAAAAUCAUUGGAAGCGACAAUAUUGGAAAGCUCGUCGUUUAUUGUUCCGACCAAACUCAUUGCGCAUUCAAGAAAGCCGCCCAGAUUGCCGGGAUCCACCCUAACAAUUUUCGAGUCAUCCCUACAACGCUGUCCUCCUCGUUCUCCAUGUCUCCUGAGGCCUUACGAAACACCAUAAUUGGCGAUGUUGAGGCUGGACUCGUCCCCACUUUUCUACUGGCAACCGUUGGGACAACGUCCACAACUGCCGUCGACCCACUCGGACCGCUAUGCGACGUGGCAAAGGAUUACGGAAUGUGGGUUCAUGUAGACGCGGCCUAUGCUGGAAGCAUCUGUAUUUGUCCGGAAUUCCGGCAUUUCAUCGACGGAAUUGAAGGAGCCAACUCCUUCAGCUUCAACGCCCACAAAUGGUUCUUCACCACCUUGGAUUGCUGCUGCCUUUGGGUCAAAGACCCAACAGCGUUGACACAAUCAUUGUCUACGGAUCCGGAGUAUCUGAAGAACAAGGCCACCGAAUCAAAACAAGUGGUUGACUAUAAAGACUGGCAACUGGCUCUGAGCAGACGAUUCCGUUCUCUCAAACUAUGGCUCGUCCUCCGAAGCUACGGAGUCGAGAAACUACGUGGCUUUCUUCGAAAUCAUGUGAAGAUGGCCAAGCUCUUUCAAGGUUUUGUGCUUGCAGAUGACAAGUUUGAGGUCGUCGUUCCAAGGAAUUUCGCCACUGUGUGUUUCAGAAUUUCGCCAUCAGCAAUAAGAAAUGGUACUACUGAAACUAAUUCUGUAUUAUCUGACAUAACUAAUGGUACGAGAAGAAAUACUGCUACUUCCAAAAAGGUAGCAUCCGUGAAUGAGAUCAACAACAAGCUCAUGGACUCCAUUAACAAGUCGGGUAGGAUCUACAUGACCCAUUCGGUUGUCGGCGGCAUCUUUUUGUUGCGUUUCGCAGUUGGUGCGAGUCUUACAGAGGAGUCCCAUAUCGUUGAGGCUUGGAAUGUGGUCAAGAAACAUGCAGAUGCCAUUCUCAAGUUUCAUUACUAGUAGUUACAGUCGCAAUCUUUAAUUUUUUUUUUUUUGGCAUGAGUCUCAUUCUUGUUUGACCAGUCAACAAUGAGCGUUGCGAAGUCCAUACAAAUUUUAUGCACUCAUAAUAUUGAUAAAUAAGUAUUCUUUCUCACCUAUAAAUUUUGUACAAUCAUUUUUUUCCCUCUGAAUAGAUGCCAACAUUUUGUUCUC